AUGCCUUCUUUGCUGCAACAAGCACCAAUGGCGAACCUCAAAACCCACUGUGUCUCUUUCCUGAUUCUACUAUCACUCCAACACUUCUUCCCUCUCCACGUUACCUCCCACAAUCCCUCACCAACACCUACAUCAACCAAAGAGCCAUUCAAAACAUCAAAGAAAAACACAACAAUUCCCAUUAUAGCUUCCGUCGCAGCUACAACAUCCUUCGUUGCAUUAUUCAUCAUCGGAUUCUUAAUCUUCCGGUGUCGAAGAAGAGCUUCGUCAAGAGACAGAAACCCGCCAGAACACUCAAACACGUGUCGCCACUUUUCUAUCGCUGAGAUAAGAGCUGCCACCAACAACUUUAACGACGGUUUAAUCGUAGGCAAUGGAGGAUUCGGGAACGUGUACAAAGGACACAUUGACAAGUGUCACAAACCGGUUGCUAUAAAACGGCUCAAACCGGGUUCAGAUCAAGGUGCACACGAGUUCCAAACCGAGAUAAGGAUGCUCUCGCAUUUUCGCCACCCUCACUUGGUCUCUCUCAUAGGUUAUUGCAACGACGGCGCAGAAAUGAUCAUCGUCUACGACUUCAUGGCGCGUGGGACCCUCCGCGACCACCUCUAUGGCUCAGGCAACCGCCAUCACCACCCACUAUCGUGGAACCAGCGACUCGAUAUCUGCCUCGCGGCGGCGCGUGGGCUUAACUUUCUCCACGCCGGAGUGAACAAGCAGAGCGUGAUCCACCGGGACGUGAAGAGCACCAACAUCCUGUUGGACGAGGAUUGGGUCGCUAAGGUUUCGGAUUUCGGGUUGUCUAAGGUUGGGCCCAACAUGUCCCACGUGACAACUGACGUGAAGGGUAGUUUCGGGUAUUUGGACCCUGAGUACUACAUGAGUCUUUGGUUGACUCAGAAAUCUGACGUGUACUCUUUCGGUGUGGUUUUGCUUGAGGUAUUGUGUGGGAGGCCACCCAUCAAAACUAGGGUGGACAAGCACCUGGAAUACUUGGUGGCAUGGUUUAUCAAGUGUUGUAGUGAAGGGAAAGUUGAUCAGACGGUGGAUCCAGCUUUGAGGGGAACCAUCAGGCCCAAGUGUUUGAAGAAAUUUGUUGAGAUUGCAUUGAGUUGUUUGCAUGAUCAUGGGAAGGAACGGCCUUUGAUGAGAGAUGUGGUUAAGGGGUUAGAGCAUGCAUUGAAUCUUCAACAUUGUUGGGGCCAAAGUGGGGCCCUUGUUCAAGGAAAGGGAAAAAGUGAGGAGAUAGCUAUGAGCUUGACCAAAGUUGUGGGUCAUGAGGAUUUUGAUGAGAAACUUGGGAGGGUACUGAAUGAGUCUACAAGUGGCAAGGCUAAAACAACAUGCGUUGAGGAAGAGCAAGCUUUGGUGCAUGGGGUGUUGUUACAAGAGAACGGUAAUGAUCCUCAAUCAUAG